AACUAGGAGCUGGGAUCUACAGGCAAAGAUGUAUUGAGGAAAGUGAGAAAGAGACGUAUUCUAUGAAGGUAAUGACAACCGUAUUUUAUGGAAUUAUUUAAAAUACAAAAGACAUAAUAGAAAGACGUUAUUUCCAAAUGGUAAUGGAGUGAACUAUUUUGUUUUUUUUAAAUAUAUAAAAUAUUUUUCUACUAUGAUUCUUAAUUUUUCAUUGGAAAGAGUUUAAAUGAUAAGAAAUGCAAUUAAAUAAAACUCUGGACUGCACGAUGUUUGUAUACAGCAAGGAAGAAGAUGCAGAGAAAAAAGGUUGGCCUAUUAUUAUGAAUUACAAUUAGAAGCGGAAGGUAUAGAAGAGCUAGCUAUGACAUCCUUAGGAAAACUUGUUUUUGUCGAUACUCAUUCUAGACAAUCGAAACUAUCGCUUUCAAAUACUUCCUCUCAAAAUUUAAAUAAAUCAUUGUCACUUGCCUUUGAAAAUCUUUUCUAUAUGCCUUAUGAUAUUAUUGAAACUUAUGGAAAUACUGUUCUUACAUUGGACAUUAGUCACAACAAAUUUAGCAGAAAUUUACAUUUCCUGGCUGAAUUUGAAAAUUUGACUUCCUUAAAUUUGGAUUAUAACGAUAUUGAUGAUUUCACAACUUUUCUCUACAUGCCAAAACUACAACUUCUCUGGCUGAACUAUAAUAAUAUUAAAAACUUAUAUCCAUUUUUAAAAAAUUUAUAUACAAGUUUGCCCAAUCUAAGAUAUUUGUGUCUCAUGGGAAAUAAAGCAGCUCCAAGUUAUUUUAAUGGUGGAACUUUUUAUGAUUAUCUUCAAUACAGGUUAUUUGUAAUUUCAUGGUUUCCACGACUGGUACACCUAGAUGAUCGUGUUAUCACAGCUGAACAACUUACCGAAGCCAAAAGGCUAUUCAAGAGGCCUAUUUUUGAUCAAUUAGUUGAAAAAACACCACUUCCUAAUUGUUUAAAAUUAUUACAUAAUAAAUUAACAGCAAUGUUCUUCAAACCACUUGUACUAUCGGAACAGUUCAAAUCGACUAAAACAGUAAAUCUUAUAAUCUGAAUCAGUAUUAUUUAAAAGUAAAAAUUUAGUUUACAUUUGGCUAUGUCUACAUUUUUAUAGAAUAUGGGAUAAUACGAGAAAUUACUGUUAAU